UCUUCGUGGCGGCAGACGAGGGAGAGCGAGAGGUGCUGUUCGCUUCCCUCAACAAGAAGUUUCCGGUGAAAGAUCUGGGGGAGUGUACCUGGUACGACGGGUGUGCUAUCGCCAUGGAUGUAGAAAAUGGCAUCACCAAGCUGUCCCAGACAGCAUACAUUGAGAGUAUGCUGAAGCGGUUUGAUGUGACCACGACCGCUUUCACCCCUGCUGCCACCGAUGCCGACCUAGGGCCGGAGAGAGAUGACGAUCCCGCGGUGGAUAAGCCUGUGAGGGAGGCGAUCGGAUGCCUGAUGUGGACGAAGCUGACGAGGCCAGACAUCGCCCUGCCUCUGAACAAGCUCCAGAAGAUCGCCCACUCACCCACCGGGAGGAUAUGGAACGCGCUUGUGCGGAUCAUGUCCUACCUGAACUUCACGAAGGACUUCGGCAUCACCUACGCACGGGGGUCAGGACUAGACCUAAGUGUGUUUGUCGAUGCCAGCUACGAUGACAACGAAGUAGACAGGCGUUCUACGACCGGGCUAGCUGGCGUGAAGGAGGCGUUGUUUGUGCGUGGCGUUCUGUCGUUCAUAGCGCCCGAGACGAGUGGGGCGAAGAUCAAGGUCCUUGAGGACAACAAGGGGGCUCUCGCCUUAAUCGAGAACCCGUUCAGCUCAGCGAGGAGCAAGCACAUCGACGUGCGGUUCCAUUUCAUUCGCGAGCUAUUCAAGUCGGGCAAGAUCACUGCAGAGUAUGUUCCGACUGGAGAGCAGCACGCCGACAUGCUGACCAAGGUGUGGAAUGGAGGAGAUAUUCCGCGAGAGUGGAAGGAUGCAACCAUCAAGGUGCUGUACAAGGAGGGUGACCGGUCCAAUUGUAACAACUACAGGGGGAUUUCGCUACUGUCUCACGUAGGCAAGGUCCUCAUCAAGAUCAUUACCAACCGUCUACGCGCCUUCUGCAAAGCCAACAUCCUCCCGGAGGAACAGCGCGGAUUUCGACCCUGGCGAUCCACCGUCGACAUGCUGUUCGUCGUGCGCCGCCUCCAGGAGCUGGGGCGGAGAAAGAAAAUACCGCUCUACAUGUGCUUCGUCGACUUGAACAAGGCGUAUGAUUUCGGUGGACCGAGAGAUGCUAUGGAAGGUGCUGGCCAGGGCCGGGAUUCCCGCGAAGCUGAUCGAAGUCAUCCGCCAAUUCCACGAUGGAAUGCGGGCCCGGGUGUCUGUGGACGACGGAGAACUAUCGGACUGGUUCUUCGUGACACA